AUGGCUACCAGAGCCUGGCUUGAUGCGAAGGCACACUCCGUCGAAGGCCACACAAAGCAAUGCGUCCUUACCUACGAUGAAAAGACUAUCUGGGGACCGGCCUCCUGUAAUAGUAACACGACCCAGCUGCGAGACGCCCUUCAUAAGGCUGAUUCCCGGUUUAAUAUGAUCUUUACGGACAAGCCCAAAACGGUCGAGGGUCACACAGCCUCCAUCAGCGUCAGCGCUGGUGGUAUUCUUUAUUUGGAUAAACUCUCCACUCACGAAAACAUGGCAGGGCUAUGUAAAGCCGUUCACGACGCCCAACAGGUACGUGGCUUUCGUUCUAUCUACCUCCCAAGACAUUGUCCCGUAAAGUUCUCCGAGGAUAAAGCCGAUGCAGCGCCGCCAUCUCAGCCCCCUAGCCGUCUCCUCCCAUGCAUCUCCAUAAGGAUUGUACUUGCACCGAUUCUUCGUUUCAACCGCUUCGCUUCCGGAGAUGGCGUCAUGAAGAGUGGACUUCGUCGUGGCUGGAUUGUUGCUAAACAGAGGGUGAUAGUAUUUUAA